UCCAGGAAAGUGUACCCAGCGACGGUAGAACUGUUAGGAGACCUCUUCGACAUGAAUACAGAUAGCGGAGGACGCACUCGCAAAAGCGCCGCCUUGCUAGUCACCCGCUCCCACAUGAAGCGGGUCCAGAGUGUCCCGAAUCUGGCUACAGGGAGUGAGUCUCACUCGUCAGAUUCAGAUGCUUGGAGGUCACGCAGCACCGAUGGCCUAAGGAACGGCGACGACAUCACUUCCUCCUUGGCCGCCAAGGGCUUCCGCAGCGUCAGGCCCAACCUGCAAGACAAGAGGUCCCCCACACAGGGCUCGCCUCCUCACCCCUGCUCCCCCGACCACAGCGCCCGCCGCUCCCCUUACAACCGCCACAGCGCCGACUCACUGGACUACCUGGCGAGCCUCAAAGCCCUGUCGCCCACCCCGUACGCCCCGUCCCCAUACGCCACCUUGGAGCGCGGCGGGCGGGACCGAAUGGACAAAAUUGCCGUAGUCGGCGGGGUUAGCAUUAGCAUGGUUGGUGCUGGUGGAGGUAUGGGGGGCAUGUCACCCUCGCUCUCCCCCGUGACAGUGUCAGCGCUCAGCCAGUACUCGUCCUCCACGGCGGGCCUCCUGGAGGAGCUCCAGAUCUGCAGCCUGGACUCUCCCGGCAUGUCUCCCACACCCUCGCCCACCCUCAGCCACACGUCGACCUYCGCGUCGACCUCCGCGUCCACCACGGGCACCGACGAGGCGCCGCCGCUAACCUCCGCCGCUGCUGCCACUAACGGCCAAGCUAUUCAAGUGGCAAUGAAUGGAGGUGCGCCCCACCCCCAGAGACCGUCCUCACCCCCGGCCUACCCCCCUCUCCCCGCCUCGUUCAGCCCAGGGGGGGUUCGCGUGCGGAGUCGGAACGCAGAAGGUUCAGAGUCGGUGAUGUCGGGCCACACCAGCAUGAGCAGCACGGUGCCCAUCGCCCGCUUUUCAGAGGAGGAGAAGAGGGUGUCGGUCAUCAAGGCUCCCCACUACGAGGGCAUCGGUCCCGUGGAUGACACGGGCAUCCCCAUCGCCAUUCGCACGACGGUGGAUAGGCCGAAGGACUGGUACAAGACCAUGUUCAAGCAGAUCCACAUGGUUCACAAAGCAGAUGACGACUAUGCCGACACGCGCAACGCCACAUACACUGUCAUCGGUGACAGCGACACAUAUGGUCAGUCCUCCAACCCCACCAUGGCGUACCCUCCCCCCAGGACACAAACGUACCGGCCCCUGGCCAAGAGCCCGUCGGACAACGGAGGCCCCGGGACCUUCAGGGAGCCCUCCCCCGUGCCACCGCCACCCCCGCCCAAGCCCUCCCUCCUACAGCUGAGGUCCAGAGACAGCGACCGGGAGCGAGACUCGCCCGACACCAUGAAUCAGUGGGGUCCUCCCGAUAGGAAAGUGGACACUAGAAAGUACCGCGCUGAACCCCGGAGUAUCUUUGAGUACGAGCCCGGGAAAUCAUCCGUUCUGGAGCAGGAGAGGCCGACCUAUAAGCUAAACCCAGAUGACAUAGAUUUAGAGAACGAGCCUUGGUAUAAGUUCUUUUCCGAGCUGGAGUUCGGCCGUCCGCCUCCUAAAAAACGUCUGGAUUAUAAUCCAGACAUCUGCCCUGGCCGACUCACCGAGACGGCGCUGUACUUCACUCCGACUGCUGACCGGGUUCCAGAGAGGCCGGCGAGUGCUGCCAGUGACUACAGGAAGAGGAGGAAGUCGGAGCCGUCGGGUGACCAGGGCAAGAACCAGGUCUCCCCAAAACAACUGGACCCUUACAGAGGCAGCAGCACACUGAGGAAACCAGCCACACGCUCCUCCCCCUCCUCCCCCUCCAGAGCCAAAGGUGGGGACGCGUGCGACAUGACCUGCUCCCCCCGUUUGAGCUCUUCCCCGGGCCCGUACCUCCGCUCCCCUCUCUCCCCCGUGCCCUCCAACCUCGCCCACCGUCGCCACGGCGACGAUGCAAACCCGGGGGCCGCCUCCGCGCCCCUCAAGCGCAUCGCCUGCUUCAAGAAUGGCUGGCAGACGCGGCGGCAGGACUCCGAGACAUGGAGCAGCGCCGAAGACGCGCCGCCCUCGCCCGCAAAGCUGAGGUCGCGUAGCUGUGACAACCUGCUCAACGACGGGCACCCGGGCGGGCACAAGGCUACCCGUUCGGAGAGCGCCGGGUCACUGGUAUUCGACAACCCAUUGGGGCAAACCGCAUCGUCCUCUACCCGCUCCUUGCCUCGCCCGCACCGGCGACGUGCCCACGACGCGCCAGGCUUCCUGAAGCUCUACCGCAAGAUGCACCACAUCGACCGCGCCCAGCUGCUGCCCUCUGACGUCAUCCGCUCGGUCCGUGCCCGCAUCCUGGAGCUGGAGCGCCAGCCGCACCUCUUCCCCCGAAAACUCUCCCCCUGGGGGCCGUCGUGGGGCCUGGAGGUCCCUCGCGAUACGGUGCCAACGCGCAUCUCCACAUACGAGCAACUCAUCCAGAAGUCCAAGUCCAUGCCCGACUUGGGAGAUAGCGAGGUCCCGUCUGGCACAACCACGCCCGGCGGGUCAUCGUCCCGCGCCAGUAGUAGUGGGGGAGGAGGCGGCGGGGGCAGGGAGACACCCGGGUACCCCAAACGCCGUUUCUCCAUUGAGUCUCUGCUAGAAGAGGACAUUAACAACGGGAAUGGGAACGGGACGUCCCAUCACGCUCACCAGGGGGCGAGGAGCCCGCCCGAGGGUCAGCCCCGCCUCGCCCUGGACUCCCACGAUUUCCCCGACCCCCUCGUUUAUCGACGGGCCGCUGUCCCGGGGGCCGAGUACUCUGAGUCUGAGCAGGAUGCAGCCGCCUCGGACCUCAGUGACUUUGUCCAAGUCGAAGGAUCCUCCUUCUGCAGCGAGAGUGACUUCGACCACUGCUCGCUCACCUCGUCAGUCGAGAGCUUCUACGGUCCCUCCUCCCACCACCACCUUCGCCACCACCACAGCCACCACAACCCCAGUCAUCAGUCUCUCGGUCAGGGUCAGGGCUACCAGCACCGUCACCUCAUCAGUUCGUGUAAAGGACGCUGCCCGGCCUCCAACACCCGCUUCACCACCAUGCUGCGCCACGAGCGGGAGCGGGCCCGUCAGGAUCUCCGGCAGAAACCCCCCCAGACACAGCAAACCAGACACGGGGGAAGGGGAGGGAACGGAGGGGACCACCAUGCUCUACCCCCCUCGUCCCAAGCAGCCCAAACCCAGCAGGGGAUGUCCAAGCUGGCCUUCCUCGUCAGUCCCGUGCCUUUCCGGAGGAAAAAGGGUGAUUCUCCACCCACUUCGAGAAGAAGUAGUGGAGGUCGAAGUACCAGGCCCAAGUCUAAAGAAGCCGUCUAUGAAGCUUUGGAUGCGGCCUUGAGGGAUAUCUACGAACACAUCCAAGCGGAGCGAGGCCGGAGCGGCGCUAGGCUACCAGACGAUGGCAUCCUUCGGAGGCUACUGGCUGAGAUCCUCCCGGAUGUGCCCGAGAGGAGCUCCUCGUUACGGGGGCAGAGGGGGAGCCGCAAGGGGGGUCCCUCGAACGCCUCGUACCCCGACGGGAGUCCAAACGUGUACGGCUUGUCGCCGCGGCUACAGUCGCCGCUAAGUGCCUGUUACAGUCGUCAUACCGACGCCUCCAAUAAUGACAACUAUGGAGAGGAGCCAGGCAACGGCAAUGCAGAGCAGGAUGCCUCCAGGGGGUACAACACAACCACCAGCGACGGGGGAGGGGGGCAGACCAGACGAGCCACCCCGGACAGAGAGAAACAGCCUGCCAGAGCUAUAUAUGACUUUAAGGCACAGACUGCUAAAGAGCUGACGUUCAAGAAGGGCGACGCGGUSAACAUCAUCAGACAGAUCGACAGCAACUGGUACGAGGGAGAGCACCGCGGACGACUGGGCAUCUUCCCCAUCUCCUACAUAGAGAAGAUGGCGUUGCCAGAGAAGCAGCAGCCGAUUAGGCCUCCUCCACCAGCACACGUCAGAGAGAUCGGGGAGGGGGUGGCCCGGUACAACUUCAACGCUGACACUAACGUGGAGCUGUCCCUCCGCAAGGGUGAGCGGGUAGUCUUGCUGAGACAGGUGGACCAGAACUGGUACGAGGGGAAGAUCCCAGACACCACCAAGCAGGGCAUYUUCCCCGUGGCCUACAUAGACAUCGUCAAACGCUCGCCAUCCAAGAGCCCCGCCCCCUCCCACCACCCAGACCCACAYGGCUACCCCAGCAACAGGACACAGGGCUCCAYGCCCGCCAAGGUAGGGACAGAAGAAGAAGAAACCCAGCGUCUGCAGGCCGUCACCGGCGAUUGGCUUGCCCUCGGCCCCCCCUCCUCCAAUAGCCCCGUACCACCUACGCCGUACCCCAUCCCCCCGAGCCGCCUCCCUUUCCUGGAAGCUCAAGAACGGAGGGCCAGCCCUCCCGCGCCGCCAAAACGAGGGCUCACCCCUCCGCCCCGAAACGCAUCGAGUCGUCUCGCUGCCUCCAUCCCGGCUGUCAAGCAGUGGCUGUUUGACUUAGACUCCCCCCCCUCAGCCCCUCCUUUCUCUCCGCCCCCUCCUCCUGACUCCUCCUCUCCCUCCGCCUCCCCCGUGCCCGACACCUUCCUGGGAUACCUCGAAGAGAGGGGCCUGAGAGACAGUGAAGAGAACGAACCACUGUCCCUAGCAGGCAGAGGGGGGUUCUUCUGCGCUGAACCCGAGCCGGCGGACACGCACGCAGAUUUGUUGCCAUGGUACAGGUCAAGUGCUCAGCCAGUAUCCCUAGAACUAGAAACAGAACCCCCGUCUCUUCAGGAGCAAGUGGAAGAUCCCUAUGAUCAGUUGUUGUCUAUGAUCCUGGAUCAGCCCAUGUGUGACGAAGACGGRGGGGAGGUUCUCAGGCCGGCCGUGRAACCCCCGCACGUGGCACUGACCAACGAAUCACAGAGCAGCGUUAGGCUCGAGACGGAGUUUCAUAGGCCCGUGACUACACAGCCCAUGUCCAUCACGCAGGACAGCCAAUCAAAAAGGCAGCUGUCUGUCUUGUUGUUGUUGUUGUUGUCGCAUUUCUGGUUCUUUCAGCCUCCUUUUAAGCACGACCUCCUCGCGGUCGACGGUAAACCCCCCCGUAGCCCCGUCGCGACCCGAAGGUCCUGUCUGUCGCCUGUUAGAGGUCGAAGGAGGUUUGUGCAGGAUUCGCUCCAUGGUGGAGGAGACCUGUUCCAGGCCCUGUACAACUAUCUGCCCCGUAACGAGGACGAGCUGGAGCUGAAGGAGGGGGACGUCGUGGACGUCAUGGAGAAGUGCGACGACGGCUGGUUUGUCGGGACUUCCCGACGGAGCAAGCAGUUUGGAACCUUUCCAGGAAACUACGUCAAGAAACUAUAAUGAAGAAUCCGAUCCACCCCCACACCCUCCUUACUUGGACCCUUCCAUCUCUAGCACAACCCAUAUUGGACACAACCAMACCGGAGUAAAGUUGCUCCCAGACACUGAUUUGGGUCAGUUUUGCACUUUCCCCACCAAUGGUUAAGGUUAAGAUUUGGGGGAGGUGGAGCUGACCCUAGGAUGACCCCACUAYGUCGGGUCAUCCAAGAAGCCUUGCCCAAGCAUGUGUGACAAUGUCACAACAAAUAUUUUGUUUUAGCUCUAACUAGCCAACUCUAAAGGAGACUAUUCCACUAAUUAAACAAUUAUUUUAUAAAUGAUCGAGAAGCGGUAGAAGGGAUCCAUACUUUUGAAUUCCUGUCACCUCAGAUACUGAAGGAAUGGUAGCCAARCAAGAUGGCCACCUUUAAGUGUUGACAUCUGCUCUUAUUUGAUUUAUUAGAUAUAUUUUAACCCAUUGAUAAGUUGAUUGUGUAACAUUCAGAAAGGUCAAAUAUGGUAAAGAUAAGAGUUAAAGAUGCCAAGUAAACUGCCACUCAGGAUUGCCUUGACGUCAUCAUGUCAGCCAUCUUGGUUUUGGACAUGUUUUUUUCCCCCUUUUUCCUCAGUGUUAAAUCAAUACAGAGACCCCCCCCCCCCCUUAAGUGUAUUAUCUGUAAUAGGGGGGCAGGUUGGUAUUUUCAGAGCAGUAUAUUGUCAUAGGACAUUGCAACACAUUUCAAUGUUUAAUCCUUUGGCAAAUGCUCUUAUCCACAGCAACUUUCAAUAAGCAACAUGAAACAACCACAGCGUUAUUAGUAAAAAAUCUUCUUCAUAAAUGUUAUACACCAACACAGGAACACUCACCUAUUUCCCCCAGUGAAAAUGAUGACGCUGUCUAAUGCACGAUGCCCAAAGUGUUGCUGGGUACCACGGGAUAGGGUAAGAAAUGUUUGGAGGCAAAUGCAUUGAUAUUGAAAGCGUAUAAAUAUAUUUGCAGAGCCUUCUAUUUGCACCGGAAGGCUCUGGAUAUCUGCCCUCUAUGGGCCUACAGUCAAUUCCAGUUUCUCAUUAUAGUGUUUGCGAACUCCUAUACGAGUUAUUUCAAAUGUGGAAGUGGAAAUAUUUAAUUUUUAGCCCUUCUGUUUGAACAAUUACAGUACAUUUUGUACUUUAGAUGGGAAAUAAUAUUUAUAGAUUUGGGAUUUUAUUGAUCGGUGGACUUGGCGUUUUAUCCUUUUUCUCACUUGAAAUGUAUGAGUACGCUACGGAUUUUACAAGUGAGAGCUACAUUGGAUUGUCGAUAGGGCUUUAGGAGUUUGAUACCGUUGGAAAAACAUAUGCAAGAGCAACCCGUUUUCCCACUUUUCUUGUAUGUAAAGAUAUUUAUAAUGGGAAAAGUAUUGAAUAUUGAGAGGACGUCAUUUAGAUGUCUCCGUCCAUAAAUAUAACUCUGGAUAGAGCAACAUAAGUUUCUCAGCUUACUUUGUGUUCUUUCUUCUAGUGGAAGUGGCCUAAGGUAAAGUGUGCUUUUGGCUAAUUUCAACCACAGCAAAUCCCCUUAGYCUAAAUUUGUUCCCAGUCAAGUCUGACAUUUACUUUUGUCAAUAUACAACAAACCUUCAGGUGUCGACAAUAACACAACCCUCCUUUUUGAAAUGGUGUUAUUUUAUUCUAUGACGAGGUUUUCUUUUUAAGAUCGCUGUUGAAUACUGUAUUAGGAAUUACAUAGCUAAUGUUGUCGCCACAUUCAUUGCCUUUGUCCAAAUGGGAUGUUUUACUAUACUCUAAUAUAAUCAGAUAAGCGGCGUAAUUUGAAUUAUACAGUUAUCUUCCUGGAGUAGUUUUUUUCUCUAGAUAAUUCUGACGGUGACCUUUUUACUGUCCGGAAUGAAUGAAACGAUUAGUGUCAAUGCAAUAGCUUGUAACAAUGUAUUUGAAUAACAUUUGUUAGGCAUACUUUUUGUGUUAAAUGAAUGUGAUUUUAAGAAUUUAUUUUGCCUUUUUUUUCGUGUGUAAUUGAGUAUCUAUUCACAUAGGAAGGACACUGACCGCAGAACAAUUGUUUAAGCACCUUAAUAUGUAAUUACUUUAUUUUUGGUUUCUGUCUUUGGUUGGUUUUGUUGUCGUUUAUUUUUCUCACCAUCCCCUUUUCAUUCACACUUCCCUGGGUCGUGUUCAUUAGGGACCAAACAGAAGAAAACUGACUACCUGGACAUGUCCGAUAAGAAAUGCAAAUGUUYGUGUUCWGUUGCAAACGUUUCCCGUUGCUAUCMCUAAUGAACACGACCCUGGCAUGUGAGAGCACUGCGUGUCUGUUGGUGCUGUUUUUUGUACGUCUUUUGUAUGGAGCUGUAAAUCGAUGACAUGAUCCACUGCUUUAUAAACUCUUAUUUUCUCACCCACCAUCCGUUUGGGUUGCCUUUUCUCUUCUCACUUUUUCACACCACCUUUUCCUACAUCCACCUCAAUCGCCCCAAACAGCCAUACAGUAUGCAAAAAAAAAACUGAAAGAAAACAUUUAUAGUGUGUUACACUACUUUAAGGUGCUCUUUAUGAAGGGUACCUUGUCGUGUUACCAGGGAUACCCGCUCUGGAGAACAAAAUGGAGUAUAAGGGAAUGUACGUUACCCAUAAUUGAUUAAGGAUAGAAUGUAAUGUUUUAAAUAUUUCUAGUCUGCCUUUGCUACCACUUUCGGGGACUUUAAAGGUUUUGGACUGAAGACGUGGACUUUUGGAGGAUCCCCGUCUCACAUUGGAGUUGUUUAUAUUGAAUCAGAAAUGGGGGGCUACAAGUGCAGAAUCUUAGCUUUGUCCAAAUGUGAACUCAAGUGGAUGACAUUGCAAUGACAUUCUUAUUACAAGUCUUUCUACAAGUCUUUCUUCUUUCAUUUACGAUUUCUUUCGUACUAUAUUCCUAAUAAAUUCUGCCUGAUACUUUC